UUGACCCUCUCCACACAUCUGCUUUCCCACGGUAUAUCGUUGAGAACCCCUGUGUGACGCGGUUACGCUACUCUACCAUGAAGUUCGAGUUGCCUUUAGACAUGGUGCUAGUGGCAGACACCCCACAACGUCACAUCACCUACAAUGCACAAGAAUCGGUAAUGGAUAUCCUUGACCAGGACAUAAUACCACGGUCCCAGCCCUCCACAGGAAUAGAGGAGGUGUUCCAAAAGAUUCAAAUCUCCAUCAAUAUACAUACUGAACAAAGGCUCGCACAAUUAGAGCAAGCAGGUAUGGACACAAUACUUCCGUAUCAGAAUCGAAUAGAGAACGCUAGAAAUAUGGGUCAAUCAACCAGUGACUGGUUACACCAGAAGUUCCAGCGGGAUCUCCAGCUGCAAGCAUCGCAAGUUCAAGCGAUAAUUGAGGCAGAGAAGAAGAGUCUAGCGCUAGAACAGGAAAGAAUCAGAGCAGAGCAGGAAAGAAUACGGAAGCAAUUGCAGGAAAAAAUACGGAAACAAGAGGAAGAGCGCCGGAGAAAGGAAGAGGAGGAUAGAAAGAGAGUCGAGGAGGAGAAAAAGAGGCUCGAAGAACAAAAAAAGAGGGCCGAAGAAGAAAGGAAAAAGGCUGAAGAGGAGAAAAGAAAAGCCGAUGAAGCAAAAGUACAGGCAGACUUAGAAGAAAAGAGGAAGCUGGAACAAGCUGAAAAAGAUCGUAAAGCUAUGGAACAAGCCCAAAAAGAUAAAUUGGCAAGCCAGAAACUCUAUAACGGUACCAAUUUUGCAUCAGUGGAGAAGGAUUUCUUGGAAUACAAGCAAGACAUCACAGACAUUAAGAUGAAUGUGGUUCGAAAGGUGGCAUCUAAUCCAGACUUGAAGAAAGCAGUAUCACAAUUGAAAAGAAAAAUAAACCCCAAGUUCGGUCAAUUGUCUCAAUCUAACCGUCAAUUCCAAAAAAUAAAUGACGAAUUGAUCAACUUAAUCUUGACAGCCAAACCGCAGCCUUUGGCGUUCAACUGGAUCUUGAACUUUGUGGCAAAAGCCAUCGUGGAUCAAGCUGAAACAGAAGUCAUAGUGCAGCCUGCCGCUGCUCUCCCAUUGGCUAGGCUUGCGAUAAGCUUGUUGCAACAGUUUCCUGAACUUGAAUACUAUUUGAGUGCUAGAUUUAUAAAGAAAUGUCCAUUGAUCAUUGGGUUCACUAGAACGAUUGAUACCGAAGAGGGCAGAUUACAAAUGGGCUGGAGAAGACGAGAAAAUAAAUGGGAAGAUGAAGUCAAAUAUGACGAAAGACUUUCUGGAAUAUGUACAGUGUGGGCCACCAUGACAAGAAUCCCCUCCAACAUUUCCCAAUCUUCAUUGUAUAGGUUGGACUCUUCAUGGAGAUUUUUAGCAAGAUUGAUGAAUACUGAUGCAAAUCUAUUGGCAAAUGUUCACUUCUCUGUCGCUGCUAAUUGGUGGGAGGCUACGGCGAAGGACUUCCUAAAAGCUUAUGGGCACCAAGGUAAUAAAUUAUUGCAAGUGUUAACGAUGCCAUUACUUGGUUCAGUGAGCGACAAGAGAUUCCCAGCUGCUGCUCGACUUCUGAUCUUAGGAGAAGAAUGGUUCAACAAUCGCAAGAUACAAGGUAUUCCAGAAAUGACCGCUUAGGAAUCACAUGAAAUAGCAUAUGUAAACAUAAAUCAAAGUAUAUUUAAACUAUCAGACU